GGAGCCAGGAUAUAAGGGCCAGGAGAGCGCCAAGCCUUACCUGACAGGAAGCACUCCAGGAGGUAGCAGCAGCAGCAGCCCCAGUCUACCCUGGCCCAUCCUUGCUCCAAGUGUUCCCUCACACUGGGUGCAGAGGUGCUGUUGGCCACAAACCACACUGAAGACCCACCCAGCUGAAGACGGGCCUCUCCUUCUGGGCUAGAUCCAGACCGGUGACUAACUGACCAACGUGUUAUUUCUCUUUGUCCACCAACCUUUCCAAGCCUCUCUCACCACAUAGGGAAAGACUCACAUACGCUGAUUAAUUAAUUUAUUUUGGGCUCAGAAUUUCUUUGGUGAGAGGACACAGGAGUGACCCACAGGCAGCCCUCUAUGCCAGAUUCCUGAGCCCUUGCUGCCCCUGAAGAUAUCCCGAUGUGGCCUCUAUCCCCUGCCUGCUCUCUGAUCCUGCUCUGGCUAUGCCAGGCUCCCCUAAGCAGCCAGCAGUCGCUGGGAUCCCUUAAGCUGCGGCUGGUGGGCGCCAGGAGCCAGUCUGAGGAGGGACGCCUGGAGGUGCUGCACCAGGGCCAGUGGGGCACGGUGUGCGAUGACGACUUCAGCAUCCAGGAGGCCAACGUGGCCUGCCGCCAGCUUGGGUUUGAGGCUGCUGUGACAUGGGCCCAUAGCGCCAAGUACGGCCAGGGGGAGGGCCACAUCUGGAUGGAUAACGUGCGCUGUGUUGGCACGGAGAACUCCCUGGCGGAGUGCAGGUUCAAUGGCUGGGGCGUCAGCGACUGCAGCCACUCGGAGGACGUGGGGGUCGUGUGUAGCCCCCAGCGCUUGCCCGGCCACCGCUCGGAGCGGCCGUCCCAGACCUUGGGGCCCCAGGGACGUCGGCUGGAGGAGGUCCGCAUCAAGCCUGUGCUGGCCAGCGCCAAGCGGCGAAACCCCACGUUGGAGGGCGCCGUGGAGGUGAGAUUCGACGGCCACUGGCGGCAGGUGUGUGACCAGGGCUGGACCAUGAACAACAGCAGAGUGGUGUGCGGGAUGCUGGGCUUCCCCAGUGAAGUGCCGAUCAACACUCACUUCUACAGGAAACUCUGGAAUAUGAAGAUGAAGGACCCCAAAUCCAGGCUGAGAAGCCUGACCAAGAAGAACUCCUUCUGGAUCCACCGGGUGAGCUGCCUGGGGACGGAGGCUCACCUGGGCCAGUGCCAGCUGCAGGUGUCCCCAGCGAAGGGCAAGCUGCGGCCAGCCUGCCCUGCAGGCAUCCAUGCUGUGGUCAGCUGCGUGGCUGGACCCCGCUUCCGCCACCCUAAAGGGAAGCCCCGGCGAAAGGAGGAGACCCCCGUGCGUCUCCGGGCCGGGGCCCAGGUGGGCGAAGGCCGGGUGGAAGUGUUGAUGCACGGCCAGUGGGGCACCGUCUGUGACCACGGCUGGAACCUGAUCUCGGCCAGCGUCCUGUGUCGCCAGCUGGGCUACGGCUCUGCCCGGGAGGCCCUCUUUGGGGCCCAGCUGGGCCAAGGGCUGGGACCCCUCCACCUGAGCCAGGUGCGCUGCAGUGGCUACGAGAGGGCCCUCGGCGACUGCCCCGCUCACGAGGGGGCUCAGAGCGGCUGCCAGCACGACCACGAUGCCGCCGUCAGGUGCCACGUCCCCAACAUGGACUUCCAGAAGCAGAUCCGGCUGGCCGGGGGGCGCAGUCCCGAGGAAGGUGUGGUGGAGGUUCUGGUGGAAGUGAACGGAGCCCCCCGCUGGGGAGCUGUGUGCAGUGACCUCUGGGGGCUCAGUGAGGCCAUGGUGGCCUGUAGGCAGCUCGGGAUGGGCUUUGCCAGCCACGCCAUCCAGGACACCUGGUACUGGCAGGGCACCCCAGGGGCGGCCAAGGUGGUGAUGAGUGGGGUGCGCUGCUCGGGCACGGAGCUGGCUCUGCAGCAGUGCCAGCGGCACGGGCCGGUCCACUGUUCCCACGGGGCCGGCCGCUUCUCCGCCGGAGUCACUUGUACAGAAAGUGCCCCGGACCUGGUGAUGAACGCCCAGCUGGUGCAGGAGACGGCCUACCUGGAGGACCGGCCGCUGAGCCUGCUCUACUGCGCCCAUGAGGAGAACUGCCUGUCGCAGUCGGCCGACCGCAUGGACUGGCCCUACGGCCACCGCCGCUUGCUGCGAUUCUCCUCCCAAAUCCACAAUCUUGGCCGGGCGGACUUCCGACCCAAGACGGGGCGCCAUAGUUGGACCUGGCACCAGUGCCACAGACACUACCACAGCAUCGAAGUCUUCACCCACUAUGACCUUCUCACCCUCAAUGGCUCCAAGGUAGCCGAAGGCCACAAGGCUAGCUUCUGCCUGGAAGACACGAACUGCCCGACAGGGCUGCAGCGGCGUUACGCGUGUGCCAACUUUGGCGAGCAGGGGGUGACUGUAGGCUGCUGGGACACCUACCGUCAUGAUAUCGACUGCCAGUGGGUAGAUAUCACAGAUGUGCCUCCUGGGGACUACAUCUUCCAGGUGGUUGUAAAUCCCAAAUUUGAAGUGGCCGAGUCAGAUUUCUCCAAUAAUAUGAUGCGGUGCCGAUGCAAGUACGAUGGGCAUCGGGUCUGGCUGCACGGCUGCCACACAGGUGAUGCCUAUGGAGCCCACACAGAACUCUCCUCAGAACAGCAGCAGAGACUCAUGAACAACCUCAUCUGAGGCCCUGGCCAGAAGCCUCCACCUGCUGCCCAAACACCAGAUACCUCAGCUUCUUGGAGCCGCGCACCCUUUGCGGAGCUUCAGCCUCAUGACGAGGGGACGGUGCCCAGAAGCACCAAGAAGAUGCUCAGGGAGCCUUGGAAGGGAAGAACGCCAAGCCAGGAUGGGCGCCACUGCCUUCGGACAGGACUGGGCGUGGGGUGUGCAGAUGCUGAGCCCUGACCAGCCAGGACUCUUCCAGAGCCACCUGUCCCCGGACUCUGUGCCUGCGUCCCCCGGCUCCAUCGGCUUUUGCCUUCUUGGCAUGGCCAGGAGCCCUGACUCGAUGGUGCUUUAUAUAUUUUUGGUGGCUGAGGAUAAAGCCAAUAGCAGCUCUUUUGUCAGCAGCUCAAGCAAUACAACUUGAGUACAAGUCAACAGUGAUGUUUAAGUCAACAAGAUCACAGGAGUCAGUGGAUACGGUCCCAGGCUUGGUACCCAUCCAGGGCUUUCCACCCCCCCACUUCCCUGCAGUGGUGGCACUCACCAGCUGUGUCUGUGUCCCUGAAAACUUGGCUUUUGGGCCCCCUCUCCUGAUGUCUGUGAGGAUGUAUGGAGAGGUCACACAGAACCAUGGCCCGAGAAAACUCUGGCCGGUAAACGUGGGCUCUGGGGCACGCCGGGGGCCUUUGUACCACAGAAUGACAUCUGCCAUCAAUAUGCUUGCCUCAGGGUCACUCUGUCUCAGGACUGGCCUCUGGUCCAGUUUGAUGCCAGGUCUGAACAAGGUCUCCAGAGUGAACUUUAUAAUGAAUAAAUAAGUUUUGCAAUGUA